GGCUGCUUGUUUGAUCUGAGGCUGUGUUCCAAGGAGGAGGUUUGUGUACAAGAUGGAUUAUUCGGCCAGUGUCGAGAUCGAUCGGAAAGGGACGUGGGACAGUUUCAGGUGACUCCUAGAACUCUGCAACAGUUGCAAGGCGUUCUACGUCGACUGUCAGCAAAAGGGUUGUCGUGGAAGGAUGAUGUGACGCAGCGAGUAAUGGCUCAUGAAAUAGGUCGCAUUCCGCAGCACAAAGCUCUGGAGCCCUUCGAUCUUCUGGAUGAGGAGAGAUCCCCAUUGGCUCAUUCAACAGGGCGGACAAUUCAGCGUCUUACAGGUCCCUUGUCAGCUCAAAGAUGGACCAACCAAGUGGAUCCCUUACCAUUUUUGAGAUCAAAGGUGACAUCAUCAGACUCCUCAUCAGGACCACAAAGACUUCCCAUGAGCUUCAAGCAGAACCUGUCUCCUCUGCUGGAUCGAUACUUGACCUACUUUCUGCUCACCUCUCAGCCACCCAGUUCACAGCUGGGCUAUCAGGACCCCAACCGUGUGAGAAACUCCCAACACUUCUACGCUUCCACUCACUCCUGGCCGGAGGGCACUAGACAUGUUGUCUAUGGGAGGCUUCAGGGUGGACCAGAAUCACCUUUACCUAUACAGUGGCCCAGUGACACUCACCGUUCCUGGGCAGAAUUAAGAAGGAAGCUUCCCCGUGACAGUGUGGACAGCAGCUUGAUGGAUGAUGUCCUAGACAGUUCUGAAAGAAUUGAAAGGAUGAGCCAGAUGACCGAAGGUGACCAGGACCGUCAACCAGAAGAAGAAGGAAGGACAUUGAAAGGUCCUAUGGGAAAGCAGAACAUGUUGGAGAUGCAGUCUGUUCCAGAUAUACAAAGUUUGGGAGAUGUGCAGAGUUUAGCGGGAGUGUUUGAGAAAUAUGGCGUAGACUUAAGACAGCUCAGCGAAUCCCAACUGGAGCAGCUGUCCGCUUUUCUUCAGUUAAUCCAAUCAGAUGCUCUACAGAACCAGGGGGCAAGGAAUGUGGAUAAAAGCCCACCGAAAAGAGUCUCUGAGGGGAGAUGCAGCACUUGGCCCAGGAUGAACCGCAGUUCUCAGCUCCAGAAUUAUCCCCAAGAGAGAUCUCUCCAGCCCCUCUGGCCCUGAAUACUGACCAGCGAGUACCCGACGGACGCAUAAGCGCAACAACCACCACCGUCACUACCCACCUGAUACCUGAUGCCCAGACAAUGGUGGAGAAGCCUGGGAACCCAAUGGCAGCUGAAGGCGGGGAAGAACAGGUCCCAGAGAAGAAAAGUUACCCAGAAGUCUCAGAGUUGAGUUUGGACCCUGGGCAGAGCCCUCACAAAGCUACAGAGGACUAUGGAUACAUCCUGACCGACCAAAAGCCACUGAGCCUGAUAAAUGGGGUUCGUCUGUUGGAAAUCCUGGCCCAGCGAGUCCAUCUGUCCACUUCCAGCUUCAUCAACAUCAGCGUGGCCGGAUCUGCUGUGACUUUCAGGAUUCGGAAAAAUCACCAAAACUUGACCUUGGCAGACGUGGCAGACCGCGCAGUGGCUCUGAAGGCAGACCUACAAACCAAGACGGGUGUUAGGAUCGUGCAGACAGGAACCGGGCAGCGCAGUAACGGCACCACCUACCCUCACGCCACUCACUUUGGGGAUACCUUCCGGUUUGUCCUUCUUAUCUUUAUUGCCUUGGCUUGUAUCGCUGGGAUAGUCAUCGCCUCAGCUGUCAUCUUCUGCCUUCGCCAACAUGCCAAGCAGCGGGAGAAGGAACGCUUGGCCGGACUUGGUCCUGAGGGCGGUGGAGACUCCACGUUUGAGUAUCAGGAUCUCUGCAGACAGCACAUGGCAGGAAAGUCUCUGUUCGGUCGCACAGAGGGCAGCGGGGCAGCAGCGGAGAACUCCCGUGUCAGCAGUGUGUCUUCCCAGUUCAGCGAUGUGCCACAGCCCAGUCCCAGUUCACACAGCAGCACUCCAUCUUGGUGCGAGGAACCCGUGCAGUCCAACAUGGAUAUCUCCACCGGUCACAUGAUCCUGGCAUACAUGGAAGAUCAUUUGAGAAACCGAGACCGCCUAGCAAAGGAGUGGCAGGCGCUGUGUGCAUAUCAAGCAGAGCCCAAUGCAUGCUCCAUUGCCAAGACCGACACCAACCUGAAGAAGAACAGGAAUUCUGAGUUUGUUCCAUAUGACCACGCUCGUAUUAAACUAAGGAGUGACAACAACCCAUCCCGGAGCGACUAUAUCAACGCCAGCCCUAUCAUUGAACACGACCCUCGUAUGCCGGCUUAUAUCGCCACGCAGGGCCCGCUGUCACACACCAUCGCAGACUUCUGGCAGAUGGUUUGGGAAAACGGCUGCACGGUCAUAGUGAUGUUAUCACCAUUGGUGGAGGACGGAGUAAAACAGUGCGAUCGCUAUUGGCCUGACGAAGGCUCCUCCCUCUAUCACAUCUAUGAGGUGAACCUUGUAUCGGAACAUAUCUGGUGUGAAGACUUUCUGGUUCGCAGCUUUUAUCUGAAGAACGUUCAGACCCAGGAGACGAGGACCCUGACACAGUUCCAUUUCCUGAGCUGGCCAGCAGAGGGCAUUCCCAGCAGCACUCGCCCACUGCUUGACUUCCGCAGGAAGGUGAACAAGUCUUUCCGUGGACGUUCCUGCCAAAAUGCCCAAUCAUCGUGCACUGCAGUGACGGAGCUGGAAGGACGGGAACCUAUAUCCUCAUAGAUAUGGUCCUCAAUCGCAUGGCUAAAGGUGUGAAGGAGAUCGAUAUUGCGGCCUCACUGGAGCAUGUCCGGGACCAGCGCCCUGGGAUGGUGCGGACAAAGGAUCAGUUUGAAUUUGCCCUCACAGCGGUGGCGGAGGAAGUAAAUGCAAUCUUGAAGGCUCUGCCACAGUGA